GGAUAUGACGUAACGGCGGCUCUGGUCUCUUAUGGAAGAACAUCAACAGCCGUCGGCAAGACGCUAACUUUUGCAAACUUCUACAAAGACGAUAUAAAGUUGGAUAUCGCACAUUAUUCCUGCCGUGUAAGGCUUUCGUUUGUUUUGUCUUUUUUGUUAUUGUCACAAAUGUGGUAUUACUGAUGGAUCCCAGACAUGAUAUACCGCGGAGGGCCGCCGGUGGCGGCCGGGUCUCCGGGACCUCGUCCCCCGCGUUGGGCGCUCAAUCGCGCCGCAGGAAGAUGCCACCGAGACCCGCUGAUUUUAAGCUACAAAUUAUCAUCAUUGGUUCCCGCGGCGUUGGCAAAACCAGCCUGAUGGAGAGAUACACAGACGACACUUUCUGCGAAGCUUGCAAGUCCACUGUAGGUGUUGACUUCAAAAUCAAGACAGUUGAGCUGAGAGAGAAGAAGAUCAGACUACAGAUAUGGGACACUGCUGGUCAGGAGCGGUUCAACAGCAUCACAUCAGCUUACUACAGAGGUGCCAAGGGAAUUGUGCUGGUGUAUGACAUCACUAAACAGGAGACCUUCGACGACCUUCCCAAAUGGAUGAAGAUGAUAGACAAGUAUGCCUCAGAGGAAGCAGAGCUUCUCCUGGUCGGGAACAAGCUGGACUGUGAGACUGACCGUAUCAUCUCCAGACAGCAGGGGGAGCGGUUUGCCUCUCGAAUAAGUGGAAUGCGUUUCUGCGAAGCUAGUGCCAAGGAUAACUUCAAUGUGGAUGAGAUCUUCUUAAAGCUUGUAGAUGAUAUUCUUAGCAAGAUGCCUCUGGAGGUUCCCAACAAGGAGCUUUCCAACAGUGUCCUGUCUCUGCAGCCUGAACCUGAAGUGCCUCCGGAGCUGCCCCCUUCUCACCUGCGCUGCUGCUGAGAGUGGUCCCCAUCCUGCACACACACACACACACACACACACAGCUCACACAUGCAGAGCACCAGUCUGGCCACCAGAGGGCAGGACAUUGCAACAGUUUGGUAUAAUUCAGCUGCUCCCUAAAACGCAUGGACUCUCUUAUAACCACCAGUAUUAUCUUCUUCCUCUGUUUAUUCUCCUGUUUUCUAACUGCACACUAACACUUAGACAAGGUAAAUCAACCACCUCCUGCCACAAGUCUGUCUCCACUUUACCCAGACUACCUCAUUCCUCGGAUUGUCAGGCGAGCUGUGGCCCCUCAGGUGCCUUUAAGGAGGAGAACGCUUUGGAAGCAGUUGCACAUUUUCUAUAGAGGGAGAUUAUUUUGGGGUAAACUCACAACUUGUUCUCUCUUUCUGUUUCAUCAUCGUCAAACACAUAUUAUACACUAAAGAUAGACAUUGUCUGAG